AUGUCUACUAGUUGGGGUGCAGUACACAGGUGGGCUAAGCCGUUGCCGUUGCCGUUGCCGUUACUGGCAUUCCGACCAUCCGGCCGUUUCCUUCCGACCAUCCAAUCUGCGAGUGCUUUUGUCAUCAGCGGCGCCGCUUCUUACGGCAAUUGGGCUUUGAAGUCGGUGGCAGACGCGAACCCGGUGGUCGUUGCCGCCAACGGAAAUUACGGCAGCAAGCAAGUUAUUAGUGUCACCCCGCGGCUAUAUGAUUACAUGUUGGCUAAUGUUAGAGAGCCACAGAUUUUGCGUGAGCUCAGAGAGGAGACAGCUACCAUGCGAGGUAGUCAAAUGCAGGUAUCGCCUGAUCAAGCGCAACUUCUUGCAAUGCUUGUUCAAAUACUAGGUGCGGAGAGGUGCAUCGAAGUUGGCGUCUAUACUGGAUACUCUUCAUUGGCCAUUGCUUUGGUCCUACCCAAAGGAGGUCGUCUGGUUGCAUGUGAGAGAGAUGCAAGAUCACUUGAGGUUGCAAAGAGAUAUUAUGACCUUGCUGGUGUUUCACAUAAGAUAGAUGUGAAACAUGGUCUUGCAGCUGAUACUCUGAAGUCUAUGAUUCAUAAUGGUGAAGGUUGCAGCUAUGAUUUUGCUUUUGUAGAUGCCGAGAAGAGAAUGUAUUCAGAUUAUUUUGAAUUGCUGCUACAACUGGUGAGAGUUGGAGGCAUUAUAGUUAUUGACAAUGUCCUUUGGCAUGGAAAAGUUGCUGAUCCACUGGUAAAUGACCCUAAAACUGAUAGUAUAAGGAAUUUCAACAAAAAAUUGAUGGACGAUGAGCGUGUAAGCAUGAGUAUGGUUCCAAUAGGGGAUGGCAUGACGAUUUGUCGAAAAAGAAGAGAAGCACUGGGCAUUGGGUUCUCUUUCGGUAUUCUGCAGUUUCUUUGGCAUCCACAUUCUGCCACAGCAGAUGAAUCUAGUGCCUGUGAGUUCACUGUAACGCCAUCUAGACUUGCUUAUUGCGAUAAAGUUGUUGGGUCUGGUCCUGAGGCUGUUAAAGGGCAAUUGAUUAAGGCACAUUAUUUAGGAGGCCGGAGGAUGGGAAGGUUUUCGAUAGCAGCUAUAAUUGUGGAAAGCCCCUUUCAUUUCGUAUUGGUGUUGGCGAGGGGAUGGGAUCGGGGAAUUCUAGGAGGUGAUGGAGUUCCUGUCAUGCUUGCUACUGAGGAUUCCUCCAGACCUCGGAUAUUGAAUGAGAGGAGCGGGAUGCAGAGGAGGUGCAUGCAUUAUUCUGCCUGA